CAACAGCGACGUCUGCCCGGUGACGCGGUUACGUCAUCGUCGGUGUGCGGAAAGAGUGUUUCUGUCUCAAGAAGAAACCCCCAACCGGUUUUUCACUCCCUCUUUUUUUUUUUUUAAAUUAAAUUAAAGCGAAUCAAACCGAGACAGCCGAGACAGUUUUUCCUCCAAUGGCGGUUCCUGUGGGUAAGACGGAGCUGCAAAUGGACGAAGGUGGCCAGGCAGUUUCGUCUGAAAACAGCAUCGAUAUCGACGAGGAAGAGCUGGAGAAUAUCACAAAGAAACACCGAGGAGACGAUAAGUCGACGCUGCCGCUGCACUCACCUUGGACAUUUUGGCUGGACAGGUCAUUGCCAGGCACCACUGCUGCAGAAUGUGAGUCCAAUUUGAAGAAGAUCUACACUGUGCAAACUGUUCAGCUCUUCUGGAGUGUAUACAAUAACAUCCCUCCAGCCACAGCACUCCCCGUGAGAUGUAGCUACCACCUAAUGCGCGGAGAACGAAGGCCACUCUGGGAAGAGGAAAGCAAUGCAAAGGGAGGCGUGUGGAAGAUGAAAGUACCAAAAGAAAGCACAUCUGCAGUUUGGAAAGAAUUGUUACUUGCUACCAUCGGGGAGCAGUUCGCAGGUUACUGUGCCUCAGAUGAUGAAGUUGUGGGUGUCAGCGUAAGCGUACGAGAUCGGGAGGACGUCGUGCAAGUUUGGAACAAAGAUGCAUCUCUUGCCAAUGAAGCAACUAUCUUGGAGAAAAUUCACAACCUUCUCCCGCACAUAUCUUUUAAAGCAGUUUUUUAUAAAUCUCACAUGGAACAUCACGCCUUUGAAGGAGGACGUUCAAGACAUUAAACGAUGCACUUUUAAAAACCUUUUUUUUUUUUUAUAUAUAUAUAUUUUGUUUUAAUCAGAACUCUGCCUUGACUUAAAGGCACGACGAUCAAGGAUGUUAUUUCGCAUUCACCAAGGAAGUGUCACCGGUAUAUUUUUAUAACUUUAGGAUUACAGAUGCCUUGUUUUAUUUCGACCCUUCAGUAAAUGUACGUCCAAAUGAAACGUUCAGCCUCAGUCUGCUUUUAGAUUAAUUCUACGCUGAGUCGACUUUCCUGCAUGGACCGUGGCUUUCACAGUUGUUUCGUCUUUUGAAGGUAACUGCUGUAUUAUUAUUUUUUUCCCUCUGUUUAAGUGUGAAAUGUUAGAUUCUGUGAACUCAUAUCCUUUUGAAGUAAAAGUACAGUUUGUAGAGUUUCUGGCAUUGUCACUGGCUGUAUAUGUCAAAUGAACAGGGUUAAUGAGUAUCAGUCCAAUCGCACUGUCUGGAAAUUUCAAGCCAUAAACAGCAGUAAAUGAGAAUAAAACAUAGGGAGAGAUACCUCCGGGAAUGUCCGACCACAGCACGUUCCUUUUCAUACGUGUUGAAAGUAGAACUUGACUGAACUCAACUCGAGAGAAAACAGCACAUUUUCUGGCAUUGCUUUGUACCUGUCUGUACUUGUUUCUGACUACCAAUAAAUUCUGGUUUGAC